AUGAGAUUCCCCGUCGAAGAGCCUUCCGAUCAAAUAUUAUUCGAGAUUUCCGUGAACAGCGCCUCCGGGUUACCAAUUAUGGACAAGUCAAUCUCGUCAACGGAUGCUUUCGUUGAGGCGCGUUUCGGCGAACAAACGUGGAAAACGGAAGUGGUGACGAGUUUGAAUCCGAUUUGGGAAAACGAAAGAUGGACUUUCGAGGCAACACAAGCGCAAAUUGGAGAGAAUUCGCUCGAGUUGAGAGUGAUGGACCAUGACACGUACACGGCCAAUGAUGCAAUCGGAAGAGUACGACUCGAUUUGACGAUACUUUUGCGGCGAAUGACUGUAGAUCGAAGUGAUCAAAGGCUUUUCCCGAUGCAACUACCGAUAUAUGACACGUUAAUGGGAAUUCGUGGCGAGCUCUCGUUCACUAUCAAAGUCUCAAACGGGGAUUUGGGGAUGCGGGCGAGCACAAGCGUUCUAGCUGGCUCUUCAAUCCCGGAAACGCACGAAUUGGUGGAGGUGUUCGGAGUUUGUGAGGAGAUUCGAAUCGAGAAAGACCCCGAAUACGCAUGGUUGGACAAAAUUCGAACACCGAGAGCCACAAAUGAGGCAAGACUGUCGACGAUACGGAAAGCGAUCAACUCGGGUUUCUUGUCACUGAUUGAAGAGGCCGGGAAACAAGGAGCAACACAUAUACUGAACUACCGUGAACGUGUCGAUGUAGAGGGAUCAAACACGGAACAGCUUUGUGUUCGCGUACACGGCACAGCGGUGAGGCUAGAAACGAAGAGGAUCACCCAAAAGAGAAUCAUUGAUUUCAGAUCUCGUGGUGCCUAUUUCCCUCUAUUAUCCACGCAAACGCUUCCAAUUCCGAUUGCUGGAUGUGCUGGUUUGGUGGUGGCUAGAAGUGUUUGUCUACUCGAUGGAGAUGAUGAGGCGCAGAGUAACAGAAAGAAAAAAUGGGCCUCUUUACGUUACGAUCUUUUUCGGCAAGCGAGAGAACAAAAGUGCGAUUUAGUGAUCGGCUAUCAGGAGAAUGUUGCGAUAAAUAGUGGUGUGAUGAUCCUCUCAUGCAUGGGAACAGCUGUUCGAAUCGGUACACCGGAAGACGCAUUGCCCAAGCGUCCUGAUCGAAUCGAAUUCGAGCUGAAAACACCGUCAACAAACAAAAAUUCUUCGCGUGGCCUCUCCACCAAUGUCCCUCCUCCACCCACAUCCGAUCAUCGUUUACCAGCGAUUGCUUGCACUCGUUUCCAUCUUCCCCAUUCACCUGAAGAGAUCCCAAAAACCGUGAAAACGAUCAAUUGCGCGAAUUGUCGAAAACACUUUUGUUUGGAGUUUCUCCUAUCCACCGCUCGUUUACCCCCAAAUUCUGCGCUUUUUGGACAAAAACAUUAUAUUCAGGUAACAGUGCGAAAACGUUUUCGAAAAGCCGACAAUGGAGAGGAGUUUGCCGAGGAGUUGAACAAGCAUCUAUCGAGCAUCGAUAUGGAGCUGCACGCUGCAUUACACGCUGAAGUAAAGACUGUAAACUCGAAUGGAAAUGCGAUUUUCGAUCUUCGCUCGGCUGUUCAUUUGAAUGAGGACACGUUGGUGGUUGUGCUGACUGGAGUGCUUGUAAGAUUGCUGCCAUUGCAGAAAGAAGAACUCGCCUCGCCGUCGAUUGUCUCAGUACUCUCGUUUCCCGGCUUGCAAAAAUACGGUGACGCUCGUCGCUUCUCAUGGGGUUCAGUUCGUGACGCGAUCCGCGGCCGUCCCAUUCAAGCUCCAUCGAUUCAGUUUCGUUUCAUGACACUACGCCCAACUCUUUCCGAGUUGGUUGCGAUGAGCGAAGACAAUGCGAAACCCAGGCGACGAUUGGCUUCGUUUGUCGAGAAAGUUCGCCGCCGGCAACAUGAGAAAGAUCACUUAUCGCAAAUUGCUUUCGAGCGAGAGCUUUGUGUGGGGAUUGGGAUGAUCGAGAAUUGCGGAGUGACUAAUGUAUCAGCGGUAGCCGGUCUACAUCCAGCCAAUCCGGGGCAUUCACAAAUUUUUGGUCGUGAUCAUUCUCUUGCACCGCACACUUUCGCUCAAUGGUCUGAAGUGUUUAUCAGAGAAGAGAUGAGCUCUUUAACUGACGCUCCAUCGGUUGAUCGUUUUGUUUCGGCUGCUGUCGAGGAAGCGUUGACGGUUGGACGAGCGAUUUGUCAUAGUUGUGCCGGCAGUGGAUUGACAAAUUUCGAGAUUUCAUCUUUUCAUCUGAAUGUUGGUCGUGAUGCAACACAAGCGCUUUUUCUUGUUUCAUGCGAUUUUGCUUAUGAUCCAAAU